AUGGAAAAAAAAGCUGUCAACACCGCCAUCAUCACCACCACCAAUGCAAUAACCAGCAACGAGAAGAGCAACAACGUUGACAACAAAAAUGGGAAACAAAAAAAGCGUAGCAGGUUUCAAAUGCUUAAGGUAGCUUUGUUUAUGCUACGUGGUCAGUCCAACAAGAAAUCGAAACCAGUACAUGUCGACGUUGCUUCUAAGGGAAUAUGGAAGAAACUCGUGUGUGCAAUGCGUCCAUUGCAUCAUCAAGGCCUUUCGAAUCAAAACUCUCCACCACCAUUGAUAACUGGUAGUAAUGAUGAGGCUACCAUUCUCCCUAAUGUGGAGAAUGAUAACUUACCACCACAUGAUGGAGUUUUUUCACCACCAAUGUUAUCACCUCGGGUAUAUCACCCAGACACACCAUCCUCAUCUAGCUCGGUCGCUGAUAGCAUGAGCCGUUACGCUUCGGCUCAAGAUCUUCAAGAGCUUGAUAAGAAUGGAGAGUCCAAUAAUGAUGACGAUGAGUAUUUUUUCGGCGGGGAUGAGUACAUUGAUGCGAAAGCUGAGGAAUUUAUUGCGCAAUUUUACGAGCAAAUGAGGCUCCAACAAGUAGAUUUGAUGAAUCGUCAUAGAGAGAGGAAGAUGAAAAAGAAGAUGGAAAUGGAAGGAAACGAUCAAUAA